AUGUUCUGUGAACACCCGAUUGAGAAGCCGGAGAAGAGCGCCUGUCGCUGCAAGAACUGUGUACUGAGGCACUCCGAUUUCCUUCCCUGGCCGGAGCCCGUUGGAUUCACGGCUGAUCGCAAGACUGAUAGAGAAAACACCCAUCACAUUUCCACAUUUCAAUCAGCCGAGAGUGUGAUUACCCUUGCGGAAUCCAAUGAAAAGCAGACCAAUCAUUACAAAAAUCACCAAAGUAAUCCAGAUGAAGUGGCUUAUACCCCAAACCGAAGUGGGGUCAGCAGUCCAGUUUACGAUGGGGCUUCUUCUCCCACUCAGCGCGGUGGCACUACUCCAGCUCCCAAUAGGGGGGGCAGUAUUUCGCCACGUAAGGAAGAGAAUUUACCACCGCGGGAUACAGCACAGCCUCAAGCUCAACCCACCAUCCUGCUGAUCGUAGUCAACAAGAACGAUCCACCACCGUAUGGCCAAGGACAAAGUUUGGAGUAUCCAGGCCAACAAUACUCAGUUCCGGGACCCAGGGGAUAUCCAGCUCCCGGACCCAGAGGAUAUCCAGGUCCCGGACCCAGAGGAUAUCCAGGUCAGGGACCCGGAGGAUAUCCUGGUCCGGGACCGAGAGGAUAUCCUGGUCCGGGACCGAGAGGAUGUCCUGGUCCGGGACCCAGAGGAUAUCCUGGUCGGGGACCCAGAGGUUAUCCCGGACCGGGACAAGGCUAUUAUUUCCCACCGUCUGGACCUGGAAAUGGAACAGGACCCAGAGGAAGACCAAGACCCCAGAAUGAGAAUGAAUAUGCUUACUAUGACAGGCGCCGAUAUAGCGAAGCGUAUCAAAACAAUCGAAAUGACUGGAGUGGGCAGCCAAGAGGAUACUACGAUGGUGCCUGUGUCGAGGAACAAAAUUUAAAUCGCCAACCCGAAACCCGACGAAAUUGCCAGUGUCCAGAUCCUGAAAAACAACAGUCUCCUCCUCCGGAGGAAACACAAAGUCCCCACGAAAAUUAUGACCAGCAAACCACCAAAAGAAAGAGUUUUAAGCGCCUGGUAGGCAGGGGAGUCGGAAAUACUUGUAGUUGUCAAGGUCCAAGCAUGAUGGGUAGUAAUCUGAGACCUCGCGGAAACGAAAUAGACAAUCAAGGACUGGGAAAAAGUGGAAAUAUGGGAACACCACCCAAUACUUUGGAAUAUUUAUCGAAAAGAGGAAGCCCGCCGGAUAUCCGGGAAGUAACUGUGACCGAUGCCAAAAACAAGACGUACAGGUGCAUACAGGUGCCAAUUUGUAUCUCAAGUGGGAAGGCGAAUACCUGUCGCUGUUGCAAAUGUGCUCCAUCUCCCGAUGCGGAAAACGAUGAAUCCUUCGACGAGGACGCGGAGUGCACGUGCAAUCAAGAGGGCAAAUGCACCUGUGUGGCCGGGAAUGAGUUUCCCAAGGAGUUUGGCUGCGAGUGCGAUCUCACAAACUUGGAGCAAACUCUUCGUAAGCUUAUACCCAACGCCGAGUGCAUAUGCUACUUGAAGAAGAAGCGUCGCAGGAAGCGAAAGAAGUGGGCACCCAAAGUCUACUACGAUCGGUUCGCCAAUCCUCCGUUUGUCCUAAAUCCCAAGCCGAGAUGUCUGGACUACGGACGCAGUCCAUUCUGCAACCCGUGCUAUAAACCCUGCAGCUGCGCACCUGUCCCAAAGAGCUGCUACACCUGCGACUACAACUGUGAAGGAUGUUAUCGCUUUUGAAAUUCUCCCCCCAAGAAGUUAAAUGAAAGCCAUAACCUGUACAGAUCCUCAACAUUUACUUAGGUGGUGCCAAAAAGCCUUUGCAUGUUUUUUUUGACGCCAUCUGAUACUUGUUGGGAAUCUCAGAGGAAGUUAAGAAAAUAUAAAUAAUUCGGAAUUGUAA